AGAACGACCGACAAGGCAAACACACCGGCACUCUGGGCAGUCUCUCAGUUUCUUACGAGCCUUUCAGGAUCUCCCUCUCACGGGCCUUGGGCUAUCAAUGGCUGCCACACGUCUGAGCAUAUUAGUGCUUAGCUCGGCAAGCCUUCUGGCAACAGUUUCAGCGACAUUACCGGCAGUCUUUGAGCCACUCGACGCGAUAACGUACUUUUGCUCGCGAUGGCAGCAUUCUUCUAUCGUGAAGAAUGGCAUUCUUUACAUCAAUGGCGGCGCCGAGACUUUCAACUAUCCCAUGGCCUGGCUACACGGAAAUUGGACCAACAAUACCUACGGACUCAAUACGUACCUCCUCGAAUAUGACCUGAAAACUUCCUGGGAUUGGAAGACCAAUAUUAGUUACUCCGCCAUUGAGAAGACGCCGAAUCCUCAAACUGGAACUGAGCCUCCGAACUUCAUUCGCGGUACUAUGUUCCAAGGCCCUGCAAAUGAUUCAAAGCUAUAUGCCUACGGUGGUACUAGCUUUAUCGGGAACAUGUCGGCUGCAAAUCGGAGCGCAAGUUACUCGCAGCAAUAUCCCCUUUGGUCUAUCGACUCGGGGGGCACUACAUGGGAUCAGUACGACCUCAAGCAGGACUGGAGACCCAAUUUCGGUGCUGCUGCGGAAGCGUAUGACCAGGGUCUUGCAUUCUAUCUCAAUGGUCAAAUCGAUGUCGGUACAGAUUCAGGGACCCUGGAAUUUGGAAAUACUACCAUUUAUUUAGAUGGAAUGCUGGUAAUUGAUCUAGUAAGACAAACCGCGGUGAACAUCUCUACGAAUGGGAUGAAGGAUUACCUCCCAAGAGUCGGAGGUGCACUACAGUACGUUCCUGGAGUAGGCGACAAUGGCGUCUUGGUCGCUAUCGGGGGCCAAGUAGAUGAGAAGUCUAGAAAUAGUACCGCCACAAGUGGAAGUUUAUUGAACUUCACCACAGUAGAUGUGUUCGAUAUAGGGUCUUAUCUACCUAACCCCUCCGAGAAUGGUACCUGGUAUAGCCAAACGACGACCGGCGACAUCCCACUUCCACGUACAGGGUUCUGUACCGUCACAAUCUCAGCGCCAGAUAAUUCUAGUCAUAACAUCUACGUCUAUAGCGGCCACAACCCACUCACCGCAGUAAUGUACGAUGACCUCUAUGUCCUCUCCCUCCCCACCUUCAUCUGGACUCAGAUCUACACCGGCAAAGCUCCACGCUGGGGCCACACCUGCCACAUCGUCGGAAACCGUCAACUCCUCACCGUCGGCGGCCAAAUCCAUACCACCGCUGGAAAAGGAUGCGACUGGGAGUACAAAUCCGUCGCCGUUUACGACAUGACAAACCUCACUUGGGGGAGCGUAUAUGACGCAAAUGCCGCAUCAUGGGAAGUCCCAGGCCUCCUAUCGAAGACGUUGAGCGGCAAGACAGCCGAGCCGGUGGGCGGCUGGGAUGAGCUCGGCCUGGAAGAUAUAAUGACGAAGACUCGUAUCUGGUCCGCUGCCCCCGUAACCUCCACCCCCGAAUCUCGUUCCAAUGAAUCCCGCGCCCCCAAAGCUGUCAUCAUCGGCGCAACAAUCGGUAGCGUCGUCUUCCUCGUUCUCCUAGGCCCCAUUCUGUUCUUCUUCCGCCGAGGGCUCUUUAAGCGGAUAAAGCGCGAACGCUUCGAGCUCCAAGGAGAGCAUAAGCUGGAACUGAGCCAGGACUCCGAGAAGAAGAACUAUGAGCUCCAGGGCACUGCGGUGUACGCGGAAAUGGACGACGCGUGCACCCCAGCUGAGGCGCCCAGAGAUACAGUCACGUACGCGGUGGAGAUGUCGGCGACGAGUGUACAAAAAGGGGCUCUAUGGGGCGUGCCGAUUGUGAGGACGCCGACGGAGUAGGGGAGCCUUCAGAUAGUUGAAUACCCUCAGAAACGUGGUGUUCCAAUCUGAGCCUCCACGGAAAUGACAUUCAAGGUUUAAAGAGAUAGAUAGACCUGAGAGACCACAGAUAGUUUUCUACAUUGUCAAAAUGACAACUGGAACACGUCCGAUUUCCUCUAGUGGACCAUAGGGAAGAGAAAUCAAUAUAUAAAGGACAGAUGCUGGAUUCACAAGCUCUAAAAAUGAAAUCGUGAGACUUUGGACUAAAGUCGAAGUCCACGCUUUCUCGAACGAAUCUAUCUUGGUAGUCGUUAAGAUCGAGGAG